AUGGCCGCCGAAUCGGCAACGACUGAAACUGUGAAUAAGAAUGGAACGACUGGCGACGAGUCGACGGUCGAAAUUAAAGGAAAUGGAGAAACGACCUCUCCACCCCAAACAAACACCGCCAAAGCGUCUCCAGAAGAGGAAGAGGAGGAUCUAACACCGGCCAAGAAGCGAACUGGUGGAUCGGAGGAUGAGAAAACGGAAAGUCGAGACGCUCCAGAUGACGAUGAAUCAGAAAACGAGGACGAUGAGGAGGAUCGAAAAUCGAAUUUGGACGACGAUCAAAAUGUGGAAAAUCCGGCGUAUAUUCCAAAAACUGGGCGAUUUUAUAUGCAUGAUGAUGGUCGGAGAGUUGAUGUGAAUUCGCAGGAUGAUGGCGAUGAUCGUCGAAAUUCGAAAAAGUCCCGAGCCGACGGUGACUGGAAACACGAUCGUUUCGAUGAGAAAUUCCAGCGACCCAAGACCAAAAAACAAAUUGUGACAAAGUAUGGAUUCGAUAUUCGAAUUAAGGAAGGCGAGACUCCAGAUGACAAAGAGACGACAGCUCCAGAAUCCACAGAAGACGAUUCAUCAGAUGCACGUCAUCUGAAACAGAAGCCGCGGCGAGUAACGUCUUCUGCAAACCGAGGGUCUUCUUCUGGAGGAGCACGUGGCGGUGGAUCGAGGGGUACUGUAGGACGACGUCCGAUGAAACAGAGGGAGCGAGAGGAUACUGUAGAUGAGUCGGAAGGCAAAGGAGAUGAGGAAGAAGAAGCGCGGCCAGCACAGAAGAGGAAUGUAAAGCAAGCGGAGAAACCGAGGAAGACGAAACCCGCUCCACCACAAUCCAGCGAAGACAACGAAGAAGAAGAAGAAGACGAUGAGGAUCAAGGUGUUCGUCGUGGUCAACGUCGUGCCGUUCCUCUGCGACGUGGCACUUCUGGAGCGUCACGUCUUCGUGGUCGAAUGAAUCAAGGACCACCACGUCGCCAUUCUGGGUCCCAAAUGACGUCUUCUAGACAAUCUCCACGUGGAAAUGAUAGAUUCUCGCCGCGAGGAGAGUCGCGUGGUGGAGGAUCUCGCUACAGUAAUCCUGCUGAUCGGAAUGACGAUAGAUUUGAGAAUCAUCGAAGAGGAGUGAUUCGUGGAGCAUCUAGAGGAACUUCUGGUGGGAUGACACGUGGAUUCUCUGGGCGAGGAGGGUCAGCAAUAAGGGGCGGAGUCAGAGGAUCCACAGCCCCGAGAUAUGGUUCUGGUGUUAGACGGACGGAUACAUCGGAACAGAGUGAAGGAUAUCAUAGAGGAGCUGGAUCUGGCACCGACUACUCCUCGCCCCGCCCACAUUCUGGACAGAAUCAGCGUCCACCACAACAACGUCAGCAACCCCAACAACCCCAAUCUCCGCCCACUCGUCCCAAUAAUUAUUCCCAAAAUAAUUCGUAUCGAGGAUCCUCCGCCCCAGUUCAUCAUCCCCAUCCAUCAGCCAAUGUCUAUCCAUCGACACGUGGCAAUUACUCUGGAAAUCACAAUUCUGGAGGUCAUGGACCCGUGGAAUUUGUGCCACGAGGCGGACAUCAUGGGGGACAUCAUGGUGGCGGAUACCAUGGACCACCGCAGGGACACCAUGGAAAUAACCAUCAACAACAACAGAAGCGAUUUGUUCAAGGACCACCCAUGGUGGCUGUGGGUGUGGUCCCGCCGCCUCAAAUGACACGUGGCACUACUUCUGGUCAUGGUGGACAACAGAAUAACAGUCAAGGAGGUGGACAGAGGAUUCGACAGCCCACUGAUGUUGUUUAUUUUGAUCCACAGCAACAGCAGGCCCGUCAACUUCCACCCCGGUCCAAGAAGGUCAUCCCAAUUGUGGACCCAAACAAGGCGGAUCAGAAAUAA